UGAGUGGCAGGCAGAUGACGCAAUGGACGAUAGGGAGGCGGAGCCGUGGGGGCGGGUUCCCCGUGCCGCUGUCGGCCGCCGGCGGGCAGGCGACUCCUGUCCUGAGUGGAGGCGGCGGAGCCGGAGCCGGGGGAGGGGUCAGCGAAGAUCUGACGGACCGCGGCGGUGCCCGCAGCUCCUCACUGCAGCACCCCCACUCCAGGAGGCACGAGGAGCUUUCCGGAGCUUCCCACACUUCUGGGGAGAAGACUUCUUAGCCAGCUUGAUGUUUAAAAUUCAGCUGGAGCCCUUAAAACUUCGAGCGUGGACGCUGAAUGGGUUUGUAAAGUUUCGAAACAAGGAGACCAGUGCCGGUCCAGUGGCUGUGAUGGGAAAGGAUUAUUACAAGAUUCUUGGAAUCCCUUCGGGAGCCAAUGAGGAUGAGAUCAAGAAAGCCUAUCGGAAGAUGGCCUUGAAGUAUCACCCAGACAAGAACAAAGAGCCCAACGCUGAGGAGAAGUUUAAGGAGAUUGCAGAGGCCUAUGAUGUGCUGAGUGACCCUAAGAAACGUGGCCUGUAUGACCAGUAUGGGGAGGAAGGUCUGAAGACCGGCGGUGGUUCCGCAGGCGGCUCCAGUGGCUCCUUUCACUACACCUUUCACGGGGACCCCCACGCCACCUUUGCGUCCUUCUUUGGUGGUUCCAACCCCUUCGAUAUCUUCUUUGCCAGCAGUCGCUCCACUCGGCCCUUCAGUGGCUUUGAUCCCGAUGACAUGGAUGUGGAUGAAGAUGAGGACCCAUUUGGUGCCUUCGGCCGCUUUGGCUUCAAUGGGCUGAGUAGGGGUCCGAGGCGAGCCCCAGAGCCACUGUACCCUCGACGCAAGGUGCAGGACCCGCCGGUCGUACACGAGCUGCGGGUGUCCCUGGAGGAGAUCUACCACGGCUCCACCAAGCGCAUGAAGAUCACGAGGAGACGCCUCAACCCGGACGGGCGAACUGUGCGCACCGAGGACAAGAUCCUGCAUAUUGUCAUCAAGCGCGGUUGGAAGGAAGGCACCAAGAUCACCUUCCCCAAAGAGGGGGACGCCACACCCGACAAUAUCCCUGCUGACAUCGUUUUUGUCCUCAAAGACAAGCCUCACGCACACUUCCGCCGAGAUGGCACCAACGUGCUCUACAGUGCCCUGAUCAGCCUCAAAGAGGCACUAUGUGGCUGCACGGUGAACAUUCCCACCAUCGAUGGCCGAGUGAUCCCUUUGCCCUGCAAUGAUGUCAUCAAGCCAGGCACCGUGAAGAGACUCCGUGGGGAGGGGCUUCCCUUCCCGAAGGUGCCCACCCAGCGCGGGGAUCUCAUUGUUGAGUUCAAAGUUCGAUUCCCAGACAGAUUAACACCACAGACAAGACAGAUCCUUAAGCAGCACCUCCCCUGUUCCUAGGCUUUACCCAGUCAGCCCAGAGUCUACCACAGCAAUACCCCCUAUUACCCUCACUCAGUGUGGCCCAGCUCAAUGUCCACAGGACAUGGACAACAUUUACUAAAUGCAAAAAAAAAAAUAGGCCACUGGUUUUCAGGAAAAUGUUUCUUGUCCUUGACCCUCCAUACAGCUGGGCUGCCUUCGGAGAGUGGGGGCAGUAGGGAGAGCUGGCCCAGUGCAAGGGUCAAUUUUCAUGUCACUAGUUAUGAAUCCAGUUCCCACUCAAGUGGCUGGAGAGUGACCUGAGUGCUACUUGAAGCUAGAGCUUCCUUGUCCACGCCUGUAAAUAGCAUGUCCUCCUUCCUCUCUCAGCUUUGCUGAUAACUUUCCUCUCCCUUCUCUGGCCUCCUAACAGAGGAGGAAGAGAAUAGAAAGGAUACAGCUUUACCACCUCCACCCAAGGACCGCAGUGUCCACACUCAGAGCGCCAAGUUACCAUACCCAUAUUCACGCAUCCGAACCACACACCAAGAGCUGUCUCUAACUCUCUAGGGUUGAGAUAGGAAGGGAAGAUCACAAGACAGCCCCCCAGGAAUAGGACCCUUGAGCACGAGACACUUUUCAUUCGGGGCAAGGAGCUGAACAAGGCCCUCAGCAGCCUCCCGAUAGCUCUGCCUGCACACCCCAGAGCAGGACAGUCUGUCCUCCUUACUGCUCUGGGUGUGUGCAAAGGCAGGGGGUGGAGGGGAGCACUUGCUGUCUUAAGGCUAAGAGAUAGGAAGCAGUGUCCACCACCCAGUCCUCAUCAGGGAGGGAAAGGGCUUUGGGGGCAGGCAGCAGCUAUUCUCCAUCAAGAGAUUCAGGGUCACAGGUUUCUUCCCACACCUCUGAACUCAGGGCCUUGCCACCCUCAAACUUCCAAAUCCCACUUUUGUGAUAUGUGAAGCUACUUAUUUCUUAUCCAUCCUGGAGGCUGUGUGGGGACUGUCCAGCCCUUUUAUGCCUAUGUAACCCCACCCCAUCCCCACAGUUAUGCAAAGGUCAAUUAGUGAAGGAGCUGGGAGAAAGACUGGUUCAUCUGGUUACUGGGAUGGGGUCUUUAGAUUUUCUCACUUUGACAAGCCCUUGAAUGUUUUUAUAGUAGUUUUUUUGUAUUUUUUUGUAAUGACAGUAUUAUGGGGGGGAAAUAAAGUAUUUUAAAAAUA